UCAGAAAUCAUUUUUCUGUGACAACUUGACGAAAAAUCGUGAAAAUCCAUUCAAAUCGACGAGAUCCUGUGAGUUUGGUCCAUUUAUUGUUGUAAUUCAGGGAAAAAACAAGCAAGCAUGAUUUCCGCAGCGACGAAAGCGAGCUAUUUGCGCGCAACAACGCAAGCCAUCGGCAGUGGUUUGAAACCCGUUGCUGCUGGAGUCACGAAGAAAACUGAAGUUGUUGUGCAAAAAUGCGCUUCCCAAGGCUUGCCCUUCCGCAAUUUGCGUGUCACAUCAGGAGUUCCAGUGACAACUCAAGUAAGAUUGGCCCAUACUGAUGUCGCGGUUCCGGAUUUCAGCGAGUACAGAAGAAAAGGCACUGAACGUGCUACAGCCAAGAACGAUAGUGACGAACAACGCAAAACAUUCACUUAUUUGAUGGUUGGAGCUGGAAGUGUUGUCGGAGCUUAUGGCGGCAAAGUUCUCGUCACGGAUUUCGUUUCAAGUAUGGCAGCAUCUGCUGACGUUUUGGCUAUGGCUAAAAUCGAAAUCAAACUUGCCGACAUCCCCGAAGGCAAGAGUAUGACCUUCAAAUGGCGUGGCAAACCGUUGUUCGUGCGUCAUCGUACCGCCGACGAAAUUUCCGCCGAGGCAGGCGUCAACGUGAGCGAAUUGCGCGAUCCUGAACCCGAUAACGUGAGAUGUCAACGUCCCGAAUGGUUGGUUGUUUUGGGUGUUUGCACUCACUUGGGUUGCGUACCAAUUGCCAAUGCUGGCGAUUUCGGCGGAUACUAUUGCCCAUGCCACGGAUCGCAUUACGAUGCAUCGGGUCGCAUUCGCAAAGGACCUGCUCCAUUGAAUUUGGAAGUUCCCGCAUACACCUUCCCCGAAGACAACGUGUUGCUUGUCGGUUAAAAAGGACGGUGUUUAAUUUUAAUUUUAGUUGAACAACAUCAAAGCAAACCAAUUUAGCAAAAUUGAAAUGAAUGUAAAAAUUAAUCGCGAAACGACUCUGGUUACAUGAAUAACUUAAUAAAAAUCUAUGAAAA